CAUGAGCUCGGGUGCGUAACUGUACGUCUGACGUCACCCGCCUUAGUAACCCUCGGCGGCGUCUCUAGGAGAGAAGGCAACAAGAUGGGAUUGCUGUCUAUCCUGCGUAAGCUAAAGAGUACACCAGACCAGGAGGUUAGGAUACUACUUCUGGGUCUGGACAACGGAGGGAAGACCACCUUGCUCAAACAGCUGGCAUCUGAGGACAUCAGCCACAUCACCCCCACACAGGGGUUCAACAUUAAGAGCGUCCAGUCUCAGGGUUUUAAACUGAACGUUUGGGACAUUGGAGGCCAGAGGAAGAUCAGGCCGUACUGGAGGAACUACUUUGAAAACACUGAUGUGCUGAUUUAUGUCAUUGACAGUGCUGACAGAAAGAGGUUUGAAGAAACAGGACAGGAGCUGGCUGAGUUGUUGGAUGAAGAGAAGUUGAGCGGCGUUCCUGUGCUGAUCUUUGCAAACAAACAAGACCUGCUGACAGCUGCCCCGGCCUCUGAGAUCGCUGAGGGUCUCAAUCUUCACACUAUUCGGGAUCGCAUGUGGCAGAUCCAGUCCUGCUCCGCCCUCACCGGCGAGGGGAUUCAGGAGGGCAUGAAUUGGGUCUGCAAGAGUGUCAACUCAAAGAAAAAAUAGCUUUGCUUCUAGUCUUCUACUAUGCAGGAGGAGCAGCAGCAGCAGUGCACACACAUACACUGACACACAUUGCACCCUCCUGAGCCUUAGUACGAUGGGAUGUACCUGUGAAUGUAAACACACUACUAAUCCAACAUGGACUUGGAGUUUUUAACCCCCUGUAUUGCUGAUACUUACUAAGCUCAACACAUCUUUCUAUGUUGGCUGCUACAGUGAGGAGGAGGGGGGUCCCUUCAAAGGGAACCCAUGCCAGGAAAUCAAGCCCCUCCGCCCCACCCGCAUUUCCAUCAGUGUCCCAGCUGAUCCCAGCCACCAUCCAUAGCCUGCCACAAGCUCCAGCGUUCCCAUUAACCUGCUGUCUUUCACUGGAAUUCCAGCUUGUUCUUUAAACUCUUUCACACGCUGUCCUGGAAAUCAGCUCCCGCCUCCUCCCACCCCUAUCAUCUUUCCCUCCAUUUCCUUCCUCCAGGUCAAUAUGUGUUGUUUUCAUCAUUCCACGAUGGCUGUGAUUGCUUGUUCUGCUAUGGCUCAUUUUGAAGUGAGGUAUAUUUUUGUAACUGUUUUAUUUAUGGUGAAGUAGUGUGCUUUAAAAACAUCAGCCGGUGUGGUGUGUGUGAUUAUAAGGAUUUCUGAGAAACAGCCUGACUGUGCCCACUAACGAAUAAAACUGUACAUGUUAAUAUGUAUAAAAAAUUUAAGGUUAAGAGCAACUACAUUUUUUGGAUAAACUGUAAAUAGCUCGGCCCUGUGUUUAUAUGUUACAUUAUGCACAUGUUACAGAGUAUAUGUUCCCCCUGCUGUACUUUGUAGUCUAUAAGGUUUGCAUAUCUAAUGUAUGCUGGCAGAUUUUUAACAGAGGUAUAUGUAAUGUAUGUUCCAGUGCAUUUCUCUGUGCUCAUUGGGUUAGCGAGGGCAUUCAUCCUUCAGCCAUUUCCUUUUGAUAUUCUUGAUUGUGUUCUGUCCAGAACUGAAGGUACUGUAUGUGAAUAAAAAGAU